AUGGCGAAAAAGAAGAACGCUCCAGAGGGGUCGAAGAAAGCCGACCAGAAGCGCAAGCAACAAGCUAUAGAAGAUCGAACAUUCGGCCUGAAAAAUAAAAACAAGUCAAAGAAGGUUCAAAUGAAGGUGGAAGGUAUAAAAAAGAACGUCAUGAAGUCGGGCGACAAGCGACAGAUGGCGCUGGAGGAGCAGAGGAAGAAGGUCAAGGCCGAGCAGAAAGCAAGGCGGAAAGCUGCCAAGGACGAACAAGAUGCAUUAUUUGGUGAAGCAUUGUUAGCUAUUGGCAAAAAGAAAACAACAGACCAAAAAGGUGGCAAGGCGGAGGCGAAGGGAAGAGAUGCUGACGAUGACGCAAAUAAAAAAACGACGUCAAGAGCAAUGAAGAUGAUGUAUCAAAUGGACGCAAAAGAGAUGGAAGAAAGGCUCAAAGAAGACCCAAAUUACGUCCCAACACUAGAAGAUAAGAUUGAAGCUGAGCGCCAGAGGAAGGUCGAAGAACUGAAGAAGAGCGGAAAAGGCACGAAGGUUACCCCAGAAUCGUUUGCUGCAUGGCAAGAGAAAAAGCGGAAACGAAGAGCUGAGGCUGCCAAGAAGCUAGUGGAGACUGAGUUGCGGAAAAAGAAAGGAGGCAAAGGAUUGGCAGUGCUAUCUGGGCGGGAUUUAUACGAGUACAAGAGGGAUCUGUUUACGCUCGUGCAAAGCGACGAUGCACAAAACGAUGAAGGACAGCUCGAUGAAUCUGACCCUAAAUUGAAAGAUGUUGCUUCGAAGGUUGAGGAACUAUUUAUGGAUGACACUAAUCUCGACGAUCUUGAAGACGACUAG